AUGUCAUCCACGAAAUUCAAGAAGGAUAAGGAGAUCAUAGCGGACUAUGAGACCCAAGUGAAAGAGAUCCGCAACCAACUGGUGGAGCAGUUCAAAUGUUUGGAGCAGCAGUCUGAGUCCCGCAUCCAGCUGCUGCAGGACCUGCAGGAAUUCUUCCGCCGCAAAGCCGAGAUUGAACUGGAAUACUCCCGCAGCUUGGAUAAACUGGCUGAGAGGUUCUCCUCCAAGAUCCGCAGCUCCAGAGAGCACCAACAGUUCAAGAAAGACCAGCACUUGCUGUCUUCGGUAAACUGCUGGUAUCUGGUGCUGAACCAGACGAGACGUGAAAGUCGAGACCAUGCCACCCUCAGCGACAUCUACACUAACAACGUUAUUGUGCGUUUGGCCCAGAUCAGCGAGGAUGUCAUCCGCCUCUUCAAGAAGAGCAAGGACAUUGGGAUCCAGAUGCACGAGGAGUUGGUGAAGGUGACAAAUGAACUCUACACUGUGAUGAAGACGUACCACAUGUACCACACUGAGAGCAUCAGCGCUGAGAGCAAGCUUAAAGAUGCCGAGAAGCAAGAGGAGAAGCAGUUCAGCAAGUCUGGAGACCUCAACGUCAACCUCCUCCGCCACGAGGACCGCCAGCCGAGACGCAGCACAGUCCGCAAAAUUGAAAAGAUGAAAGAGAAGAGACAAGCCAAGUAUUCAGAGAAUAAGCUGAAAUGCACAAAAGCCCGGAACGACUAUUUGUUGAACCUGGCAGCAACCAAUGCAGUGGUGGCAAAAUAUUACAUCCAUGACGUCUCUGAUAUGAUUGAUUGCUGUGACCUGGGCUACCACGCCAGCCUGGCACGCACCUUCAGGACCUACUUGUCGGCAGAGUACAACCUGGAGACAUCGCGCCACGAGGGACUGGAUAUCAUUGAGAAUGCCGUGGACAACCUGGACUCCCGCAGUGACAAACACAAAAUCAUGGAUAUGCAUAACCAGGUGUUCUGUCCUCCCAUGCGCUUUGAAUAUUUGCCACACAUGGGAGAUGAGGUGUGUCAGGUUAGCGCCCAACAGCCGGUCCAGACUGAACUCCUGAUGCGCUACCACCAACUGCAGUCUCGCUUAGCAACUCUAAAGAUUGAGAAUGAAGAGGUGAGGAAGACUUUGGAUGCCACCAUGCAAACGCUGCAGGACAUGCUGACAGUGGAAGACUUUGACGUGUCAGAUGCCUUUCAGCACAGCCGCUCUACUGAAUCCAUUAAGUCCGUGGCGUCUGAGUCAUAUAUGAGCAAGCUCAAUGUAGCCAAAAGGAGGUCAAACCAACAGGAGACUGAGAUCUUCUACUUUUCAAAAUUCAAGGAGUACCUGAAUGGUAGUAACCUCAUCAUUAAGCUACAAGCCAAGCAUGACUUGCUUAAGCAGACACUGGGGGAAGGGGAAAGGGCAGAAUGUGGAACUACAAGGCCUCCCACCCUUCCCCCUAAACCACAGAAAAUGCGGAAGCCUAGGCCACGCUCCAUGUAUAACCAUAAGCUGUUUAAUGGCAAUAUGGAGACCUUCAUAAAGGAUUCAGGUCAACCGAUUCCCCUCGUUGUCGAAAGCUGUGUCAGAUACAUCAAUCUGUACGGGUUGCAGCAACAAGGAAUAUUCAGGGUUCCUGGGUCGCAAGUGGAGGUCAAUGACAUUAAAAACUCUUUUGAGAGAGGUGAAGAUCCCUUGAUUGAUGACCAGAAUGAGCAUGAUAUUAACUCAGUGGCAGGAGUGUUGAAGCUGUACUUCAGAGGGCUGGAGAACCCAAUUUUCCCAAAGGAGCGUUUCUUGGACUUCAUCUCUACUAUCAAGCUGGACUCGGGAGGGGAGAGAGCACAUCACCUGCAGCAGAUCAUUGUGACUCUUCCAAGAACUGUCAUAAUUGUGAUGAGAUAUCUAUUCGCUUUUCUCAAUCAUCUUUCCCAGUACAGCGACGAAAACAUGAUGGACCCGUACAAUUUAGCUAUCUGCUUUGGUCCAACUCUGAUGCCCAUCCCCGACGGUCAGGAUCCUGUGGCGUGUCAGGCACAUGUUAACGAAGUCAUCAAGACCAUCAUCAUCCACAAUGAAGUCAUAUUUCCGAAUCAACGGGAGCUGGACGGUCCGGUGUAUGAGAAGUGUAUGACUGGGGGAGAGGAGUACUGUGACAGCCCCCACAGUGAGCCAGGAACUAUCGACGAGGCCGAUAAUGGAACAGAGCCGCACACCAGUGAUGAAGAAGUUGAGCAGAUUGAGGCCAUUGCUAGGUUUGACUAUGUGGGGCGAAGUCCGAGGGAACUGUCGUUCAAGAAGGGGGCCUCUCUUCUUCUGUACCACAGAGCAUCAGAAGACUGGUGGGAGGGUCGUCAUAAUGGCGUGGAUGGCCUCAUCCCCCAUCAAUAUAUUGUGGUCCAAGACCUGGAUGAUGCAUUCUCAGAUAACCUCAGCCAGAAAGCAGAUAGUGAAGCAAGCAGUGGACCAUUGCUGGAAGAAAAGGGGUCUUCCAAAAAUGAUAUGCCAUCGCCAUGUGAGCAAUCACCUGAUUACAACUUUGGAGGAGUCAUGGGAAGGGUCAGGUUACGAUCCGAUGGAGCGGCAAUCCCGCGUCAUAGGAGUGGCACUGAGACCCACAGCCCGACCAGAGUGGCCGACACACCCCCACGGGCUGCUGCCUGUCCCAGCAGCCCACACAAGAUGUCCAUUAGCAAAGGUCGUGUGGAAAGUCCGGAAAAAAGGCGUCUGGGCACAUUUGGUAGCGCUGGUAGUAUUAACUACCCAGAAAGAAAGGCCUAUCCUGAGGGCCACCCACUAAGACCUGUACCAGGGGCCACCCGGCACAGCAGCCUGGGGGACCACAAAACACUGGAGACUGAGGCCCUAGCUGAGGAUAUUGAAAAGACUAUGACUACAGCACUUCACGAGCUGCGUGAGCUUGAGCGUCAAAACACUGUCAAACAGGCCCCCGACGUGGUCCUUGACACCCUGGAGCCGAUGAAGAACCCAGUCAGCUCAGAGCCAGGCAGCCCCCUUCACACCAUAAUGAUUCGCGACCCGGAUGCAGCCAUGCGGCGAAGCAGCAGCUCGACCUCUGAGAUGAUGACCACCUUCAAACCCGCGCUCUCUGCCCGGCUGGCCGGGGCUCAACUGCGUCCCCCGCCCAUGAGGCCGGUGCGUCCUCCUCCAACGCAGUACCGCUCAAGCAGCUCCAGCUCCUCAGGGGUCGGCAGCCCUGCUGUAACCCCCACUGAGAAGAUGUUUCCAAGUAACAAUUCAGCUUCUGGUUCCAAUGUGAAUAUUUCUGGUGAUGGAGGGGACAAAACUGGGACAAUGUAGCAAAAGUGGAAUCUGCUUGGUCAGAAUGCUAUAAAGCUUUCUAAAUGGGUGGAAACAAGUGUUGAUCUGAGGAAAGCAGGAAGAAAAAUGCUUCUCUGUGACCAGGAGACUCCAUGUUACCAUGGCGAUAAAGCAGAAGAAAAAUCUGUAGAGGUGGGAUGGUGUAAACCUCAGCUCUCUGUGAAACUUGACUUAACAGCAAACGUGUGUAACAAAAUAUGUAUUUCAGUUUUACCUCAUUUGAACAGAAAUCUCUGGCCAUGUUCUCGUUUAUGAGAUAUGAGAUGCAUUUAAUGCAAGUAAAGCAAUACUUGUGUGAAAUUUGGCUCAUCGCGUUCAGUCCGGUUCAGACUUUGUGUGUGAGGAGUGUGAAAACUCCCCAACUGGGCUGUGUGAGGCAUUCAGGCUAAAACACCACCUCUGUUGAUCAUUUAGAAUUUAAGCCUUAAGGUUAUAGAAUCUUACUUGAAGUCACCUGUUCUGUUUGCAUUAUAAUCUAGGGUGUUCAGUAAAGUAACAAAGUAGUGACAUUUAUUGCCUGCAUGCAAGGACUGGGGAACAUAAGGAAAUGACUUGCGACGAUCUAUAACGUCCAUGAACAUGUUUGUUAAUCAUUCUAAGAAGACAACAGCUUGAGACCUUAUUCGCAAUAUUGAAAAUGAAAAUUCAAGUUUCAGCUGUUUCAGAUAAUUUCAAAAGAAAUACGUUUUGCCAUUGACUGCAGAUUUGAAAAUUGGCAUGUAUGUGGCAUCGCUGCAAAAGAUGAAGCAUCUUGGCAUGAAGAGGACCACUGAAGUUACUUUACUAAUCAGUGGCUCGGUAAUUUAGAACGACUUUUCCUAAAAUCUUCAUGCAUGGUUGGACUGUGGACAGACACUGACGUGCCUGUUUCCAUGUUAUAUUUCCAUGUGCUGUGUAUAGAAUAUAGAAAACUUGUGUGCCGACUAAUGUAGGAAAUCUGUGGUAAGCCUGUACAUAAUAUAUAGCAAGUAAUUUGUAAGUGUUAAACUGUACAGGUUAAUUUUGAAAAAAGGCAAAGGGUUGGUGUGAACUGCACUUGUAAAUUUAAUUAACUCCCUUUUUAUCGGUUCAGUAAAAUGUAAAAAUAUAAUUUGACUUUGAUAUACAGUUCAGGUCAUUUCCCAUGUACUGUGUGUUUAGAAAACAUUUGAUAAAAGUACUGUAGAACAUAGGCUUAAAAAAAGGACUCCGUCAUGUUUCUCCAACCUAUUCCCAUUUUUACUGGGUUGUCAUUUUUGUAGUUUUCCAUUAAAAUCUGAUUUUGGUUACUUUCUAUGGCAAAGAUAAUAUUGUACCCUCCAAAGGUUAACAUUCAAAUUAGUUUGAAGGCCAAACUUCAUCCAGUGGAGCCUCCUUACUUUCUACCUUUGUCUGAUCUUUCUGAGUUACCCUCAGAGUGCACAAGCUACCUUUUUUUGCUGGAUGAAAACUGAAUAGGAGCAUUCAAUUGUUUUUAGCUUUUCAAACACUUUUCUUCUGAUAAAUUUGGUCGAGAGAUCUUGUAAUCCGCAUUUUAAAGCGUCUUCUCUGUUCUGCAUGCUUUGCGCUAUAGUGUGGGACUGAAUUAAGACUCAAUGGCUGUAUGUGGUACUUUGCCUGGGUUAAUUCAGUACUGGAGGAACUGGCUUUACAAUUGACAUGGAUCAGAAUAAGGAAUUAGUUUACUUGUAGCUGUUGCUAUAUACUUCAUGUGAAUGGGAACUAAUAGCUUGAUUCUUUGGGGAAAUAAAUGCUUAAACCUCUUACACCAUGACUAACUCCAUUAUUAUCUCUAAAACCAGGCCUUGAUUCCUCUAUUGAUAAAACAUACGCAUUGUGAACUCAAAGUAUUUGCUUGUCUACAAUGUUUUGUUUGUAAAUGUCACGGCCGGACGUCCCAGUGUUUCUGCAGGAGGGUUGUAAGGAACACCAGGCUCAUGAAGCCAAGACAAAAGGCAAUAUAUCAAUUGAUGUGCGCUCCCGUCCUCUGCUGGUUCUUUAUGGUACUGCUGCGUUUGACCACCAACCAGCAGAAAAGCCGGCUAUCAUGUAUGUUAUUCUUGUUUCUUUUUGUUUUCCUGGUUACAGUCAAGUCUAUGAAAACAAUGUAACAGAAAGCACAGAAUUUUAUGAAGUGAACUAUUCAUAUUUAACUGGAAUGUUUUUUUUAUUAUUAUUAUUUAUGGACACUUGUGAAAGUGAAACCAAACAUUUAAGUGCCUUUUGUGCACAACAUUGAUUCUUAUUGGACUUUUGCUUUUAUACUUUUUUUAACUGUAAUAUUUGUCUAUUAGUUGUCAUGUUCAUUGUAAACUGAUAUUGCUUUUCUGACCUAAGCUCUGUUGCGACUCAGUCAAACCACCACAUGGAACGGAAAGUGUGUAAAGUGAUUCCUUUUGUGAAGAAUCAUCUAAAACUGCUUAUCAGGAAGAAAUACAACUGCUGUAUACAUAGUCUACUGGUAAUUUUCAGAAGGAUCAUCUCAGAGUAUGUCUCAUCCUUUUAGUUUCUCCUGUGAUCUACUUGUGCUGUGGUAAAGCCUUAAGCUCUCAUCAUUUCAAAGAGGAGUUGUGAUGAUGUUGGUAACAGCUGACUGAUAUGAGCCUCUGUCAUGUAUUGGUUACAAGGAACUUGGUGUACUCAGUUUUUCUCUCUACUUGUGGUGUGAAGUGGCAUUUUCUUUCCCUGAAAAUGUGCUGAAAUGAGUCACAUUGUCUGCGAACGGGAGAGAGCAGUACAUCGUUUCUGAAAAAGAACAUCACAGGGGAAGAGCCGAGUGUGGCCUCGUUAGAGUGUGAAUUACUGUCACACUGUUUAUCUUCUCUUUAACUGUUCGUCUAGUGAUGCUGUUUGUUGAUGAGUGUCUGGCUGGUUGAAACCUGUGAUGUAGUGUGUGUCAUCCCACUGACUGAAAAGCGAAAACUCAUGCAUCGAAAUAAAAUCAUUAUUGCUCUGUGAUGUGAAUUUUUUCUGACUGAAUCCUUUUUGUGA